AUGAUUAAUAAGAAUAACGAUGAAAGAAUUUCACAAUUAAUAACAAAAUGUCCUAUUACGCAACUACCAAUCCAACAACCAGUUUUAGCUGAAGAUGGUUUUAUUUAUGAACGUUAUGCUAUAUUAAAAUGGCUUAAACAACAUAAUGGUACAAGUCCAAUGACACGUCAAUCAAUUAAAAUUAAAAAUUUAAAAACUGUCAUUGAAUUUUAUCAUGAGGACGAUGGUUUUGAUUAUAAUUAUCUACCAAUAAUAUCAAAAAAAUGUUUUUUAACAAUAUCUUUUGCCGUUCUUAUAUUAGUAGUUAUAUUUUCAGUCGUUUUUGCUAUUUUUGCAUUAUUAUUAUGA